UGAUCGAAGCAUCAUGAAAUCGUGGAAGUCUGUGAUAAAGGCAAAUGGCCGCCGUAGUGUAUAAGAGCGGGUUACGCAUAUGAUGUUUUUCCGCGAACAGUUCCUGACGUACAAUAUGUAAAGACGCGUGAGUUGAUCAGUUGAUAAAAAGCGUGAUGUGAACGACAAACGAAAAAUUGAACGGUUUCCGUGGCCGGCGAUGAACGGUGAAAAUGCUAGUGCGGUGAUGAAAUCGGUGUCGGAGGGUGAGCUGGGCGUGGAAGAGGUUAAAUUAUCAGAAUCGAAAAUACAGGAUUCUAUCCCACGUUUGAAACGUACGUUUACUUUACCGAGGAAUCCGUUUCAAAGUGCCAGCAGGAUGUUAAGACGACGUCCGAAAAAUCGUGAUUCAAAAGACAAUAGCAGUGCAACGAGUACUAAAGACAGAAACAAUAUGCAGCAACAUCAGCAGCAAGUGGAAAGCAUACAACAAAAUAUGAGUCGAUUACAUGGCAGCCAAAGUUAUCCAGAAAGGCCUGGUGUAAAAAAAGUGUUCCGUAGACCUUCCUGGAAAAAGUUUAUCAACAAAAUGGUCCAACACAUGUCGAACGUGGGCACACAGAAUCACAAAACUUCUCAUAGGGACGAUCUUAGCUCUAGUGCUGGAGACAUAAGGGUACCUCCGCCUCGACCGGCACAUAUACCGCCUGAUAGAGUGCCAGGGGUCAUAGGUUUACGCAAUCACGGUAACACGUGUUUUAUGAACGCUGUAUUGCAGUGCUUAUCGCAUACGGACAUACUUGCAGAAUAUUUCGUGCUGGACCAAUACAAGGUCGAUUUAUCCAGAAGAAAUAAACUAAACUCUAAAAAAUAUGGAACAAAAGGAGAGAUCACAGAACAGUUGGCUCUUUUAUUAAAGGCUAUCUGGAGUUGUCAAUACGAUCCAGAAAUGAGCACAGCGUUCAAAAGCGUCGUCGACAAAUACGGAAGUCAGUAUCGCGGGAACUUGCAGCACGACGCUCAGGAAUUCUUGUUAUGGCUAUUAGACAAAGUGCAUGAAGACUUAAACCAAGCCACCAAAAAAAAAUAUAAAAUCAUAAAGAAUUCCUUCGGCAGGCCGGAUGAUAUUGUCGCGGCAGAAACUUUGGCGAAUCAUGUCCGUUGUAACAACUCGUUUGUGCAUGCAGUGUUCCAAGCUCAAUUUCGGUCUAGUUUGACUUGUCCAAGAUGUCACCGGCAAUCUAAUACGUUCGAUCCUUUUUGUGUGUCAGUACCUGUCCCGCAAAAUCAUCGACAGAUGAAUCUUUUUGUGAAUGUUCUUUAUACGUCACAACAACCGCGGCAAGUAAAAAUCGGUGUAAGUGUAAACCAGAUGGCCAAUGUGAGAGAACUGAGAGAAAUUUUGGCCAGUGAUACUGGUAUCGAUGAGAAUCAUAUGUUACUCACGGAAGUUCAUGACGAAGGAUUUCAUAGAACUUUCUCUGAUUGCCAACCUUUAUCUGUGAUUACGGAAAACGAUCCGCUUUAUUGUAUAGAACUGCCACAGCUGAAGGAACCUACAGAGCAAGCGUAUAUUCUACUUGUAUGGAUUAACAUUCUUAUGAAAGGAGAUUUAAAGCAACGUUUUGGUAGUCCAUAUACUAUGCAAGUAUCUAGAGAAACAUCAUAUGAAGAUCUACAAAAACUUUUAUUAAAAGAGAUGCAUAGUGUUCUGGCUGAUGAUGUGCUUACGUCGAGUCAGAGUCCUGGACUGUUUAACAUUCGAGUAGCGGAUCCUGCAGCUACACCUAUUCAAGAUGAACAUCCGUGUAUAGAUCCUUGUGUAGAACAUCCCCUUUACACAGAGCAAAUUGAACAAGCAUUGGCUCUCUGUGCCGAUGAUUCUGGUCCUCAGCAUGUAAAAUUAAUUCUUGAAUGGGAUGAAGCCACUAAGUGUAAUAUCAUUCAAGAUGAUAGUGAUCAAAUCGAAGAACAUGCCAGUGUAAAACAAUUGAAAACAAAUUCUGAACUGGGGGGAGCUGUUACUUUAGAAGAAUGUUUUGAUUUAUAUACAAGAGCCGAAAUAUUAGGGGCGGAGGACGCGUGGCACUGUCCAUAUUGUAAUAAGAAACAAGAAGUUGUGAAGAAAUUGGGUCUUUGGUCUUUACCUGAUAUCUUAGUUAUUCAUUUAAAAAGAUUUCGACAACAGUCUAAACAAAGAUCUACAUCUAAAUUGACCAUGUUAGUCGAUUUUCCUUUGUAUGGUUUCGAUAUGACUCCCCAUCUUGCUCAUAAUGGAGUUCAAACGCAUAAUAACGUGAGUAGUUUAGGUGGUCUAGGCUGGUCACCUUGGAAAAAACCUAGACCUCGUCAACAAAAUAUCCCAAAAUAUGAUGAAAACGUUUACGAUCUUUAUGCAAUUUGUAACCAUCAUGGACAAGAUUUACAGGGAGGUCAUUAUACCGCAUUUUGCCGAAACCCAUAUGAUACUCAAUGGUAUUGUUUUGACGAUACCCGAGUAGAAGCCGUGAAUGAUACUAAUUUAAUAACAAAUGCUGCAUAUAUGUUGUUUUAUCAACGUAGAGGGUUAACUAAUAAUUCUGGUAAUUCUUCAGCAGCAUCUACAAGUUCUGCCGGGUCUGGACUUGAUCAUUGGGUUUCAAAAAUGCCACCAUUUUAUUUUAACAAUAAGACUAAUAACAAUGUUUCAAAUAACAAUCAAAGCAAAUCACAGGAAGUGUUGUGUCAAGAUAAAAUCGUAGAAGAAAAGAAUAUAACGAAUUUUAAUAGAGGAUGUCGUAAUUAUGCUACUUUGCAACCGAAGAAAAGAAAUGUUGCGACAGAAACGGAUAUUAGCCAGAUCGAUCACUAUUCAGACGAUGAAGCACCUUGCAGAAGAGAAUGGGCUUCACCAAAACCUGUUCGAAAAAUGUCGUCCAUUACGUUAAUACCGCAAUCUACGAUAAUUCAUAGUGCCAGUAGUGAUCCAGACACAACAAUAAUACACGAAUCGACGUUGUAACACACAAUUUAAGCCAGAUUAGAUCUGGCUCGAGCAACGCUCAAUGUAUAGUGCCUGGAAUGGUGUGUGAAAGAUCAGAAAUAAAUUAGAAAUAAAGAGUAAAAAUAAAUACAAGAGUAUAUAAAAACUUUUCGCGGAAUUUAAGUCCAUUCAUUUUUUAUCAAAGACUUAAUGUAGUCUAUUUAGAAACAAAUAUGAAAAUCUUUCACUUUGAAUUUAUACAUAUAAAAAAGCUUUUCUUUUAUAUUAAGCAUCGACCAGACAAAGAAUAUCUAGAGUCUCUCUACUUUCUUUGUUUUGAUAUUGAAAAAAGGAAAAAUAGGAAGUUACAACAUUAGAUGAAUAUUUUCUGAGAAUGUAAGUGAAACUCGAGGCAUUAGUGAUUUUUGUAUUUAUAUUGUAUUUACAAAUUGCGUGAAUUGUAUUGUACAUUCUAGUUGUUAGAAAACUUUUUAAGAAAAGGACAAAUAUUCAGUAUCAAAAAGUAUGAAUCCCUUAUUUACAAGCUGUCUAUUGUUAAUACUUAGAUUUUUUUCAAUGCAAUAGGUAACUAAUAUUUUACAUAUGUCCAACAAGAAUGUACAUGUGUCAAAGAAACUUUGUACGCGACUUUUUUCUCGAAUUUGCGGAUCGAAUGUCGCAUGUGUCGUGUUGCAAUGAAACUAUGACAAUAACUGAAUCUUAUUUAGCAGGAUUCAUGUAUUACAAUGACUUUGUUUUCAAUAAUAAUUCUUGUUUGGACAUAUUAUAUAGUUGCUAAUCAUUGCUUUGGAUUUAUGCUUAAUUAUAAUAUUUAUAUCAUAUUUGUAUCACCUACUAGUGGCCUUAUCUCAGUAAUUAAUAUUAAUAUGUCAUUUGCAAUCAUACAAGCAUAGUUACUAUUUUGACAGCGUUUUAUUACCAAACAUUGACAUUGUAUCGUGAAAGCCACCAAAUUGUAACAUAUAUAUCAAUAAUUCUUUGGAUUCUAAUGAAUCGACGACCAAAAAAAUCAAUAUACUUCCACUUAAAAGUCUCGUUCUUCCUCUAAUAAUCGGCGUAAUUAAAUUUUAUCAUUCGAAAAAGAUAGUGUGUCGGUUCUUAAUAGAGUGGCUUUCCUAAUAUAUCCUUCAGCGAUGUAUUCUUUUUUUGUAUUUUAAUCUCAAAUACUCUAAUCUCUCAGUUGUAACGAGCAUUCCACUUAUUGUUAGAUUUGUUUAUAAAUAGAAGAUGAUGAAAAACAGAAGCAUGAAAGUGAAACAAAUUUAUAUAUAUUCAUAUACACGUAGGUGUAUAAUUUGUGAGUGAAAGAUAUUUAAGUUAUUUUAAAAGUAACAUUUAUUACUAGUCAUAUGUAUCGUGGACGGGAUGUGGCGAUUAAAGAGUGUAUGUGACGAAUUGUAACGCAAUUAAUACUGAAUUCAUCAUAAAUUAUAUAAAAGAAUAUGUUUGAUUGAAAUAAAAAAACGUAAGGUAUAGCUUGAUAUACAUAUUUUAAAGGCGUUUACACGUAAAUUGGUUCCUGUGACAAGAUUAGACAAGUGCCAUGAUGGUCUUAGAGAUAUAAUACUCAAUAAAAAUUCAAAUAUUUUUAUACUCGGUUUAAUAACGAUUGUUCUUUUCAAAUCUAGCAAUUGAAAACUUAAAUGUCUUAAAAAUUAAUAAUUAAUAAACUAUAUGUAAAUAAUUAUAGUAAAAAAAUGCGAUAUUUCUAUAAAUAUUCCAAUUACUGGAUUUGAAAACAGAUAUUACAUUAAAUGACCGAGUAUUAUUCAGUUCAAGAUAAGAAGUUCCCUUCGUGGCAUUUAAUAAACUGCAUGAUAGAAUGAAUGUGUAGAAUGUGUGAUAAACAGAAAUAAAGGAAAGCCACUACCCGUUUAUUAUUCUAUGAUUUUAGAAUUUUGUGCAUUCACGUUAAUCGACUGAGGGAUACGUUAUUAAUUAUAUUAUCGCUGUUUUUAUUGAAAUAAAUUAGGAAAUGUAUAUAUGAAUGAAAAAAA